ACCAAAAAGUAGCUCCAGUCUUGCCCAAGUCUUCCCACGACACACACCGCACGCACCGCUCACCCCACAUCGUCACGUUUCUGGAGAACAAAUUCACCGGAAAUUGGAGAAAAUAAAAAAAAAACUGAUUUUUUUUCUCCGAAAAAAUGGACCCGAUCGGCCCAGCGGGCCAAAUUUGUGGAAAAGUCAAAAGAUUUUCGUGAAGGUGAAGGUCGUCGACUCGGCUUUUUCUCCUCUUCUCAUCCUCUCAAUGGGGGAACAAAACAUACAAUUCAAGCUUAAUUUUACGAUUGAGUGGAAGUUUUAUUAGGAAACUUUCAAGUUUUCGGGUACUCAUUGAGAAUUAAUUAAGAGUGCUAUUUUAGGUGAAAUUAUAUAGAAAAAAACUUCCACAAGGGAAUUUGUGAGAUUAUUUACAGAAUUUUUGACAGUUUGUUGAAAUUUUUGCCCAAUGAGAGUUUUAAUUAUGUAUUAAAAAGUGGUGACAAUUAGUAAAAAAAGUGGAAUGAGAAACAUACCAAAUAUUUCCGAGAAACCGGAACGGAUGCUGUGACGAUUUUUGUGACGAGGUGAGAGGAACGAAUUGUUUUCAGUGUUCUGUUGUUAGUGAGUGAAGAAGCAGGAAAAUAUUUGGAUAAGGGAGUAAAAACAGAUAAGGAACACUUUUAUUUUUCCUUAUCAAGGAAAAACAUUGGCGAGAAUUUCUUUUUAAUGAACUCUGUCGGGAAAAAUAUUGAAAGAAAAAACACCGGGAUAAGAUUAAGUUUUUCGGUUUAAUUGGAAUUAACGGGAUUCGUAAAUUAAGAAAAAAACUUGGCCAAGGAAUUUGCCCAAUUUGUGACAAGAUUGCCGUGAAGUAGAGAAUGUCGAGCUACGGCUACCCGACGCCGGAUCAGGGUCCGUUACCACCCUCGGCGUACGCGAGGGAUCGAUUCUGGUCGAGUCCUCCCACUUCGGGUGGUGGUGGGGGUGCUGGUGCUGGGGACCCGUGGGGAGCCUCCUACACCCCACAGCUCGAAAUCUCAUCCUUUUCUAAUUCAAACUAUUUAUCUUAUCCUAACGGCGCAGCGCAGAAUAAUUCUUCUUCGUCGUCAUCGCCCGGUUCGGUGCAGCCUGGAAGUCAGAACGAUCUCACUUUUUCCGGUCCAAGUCCACCAAAUCCGACGCAACUGCAGCCCAUUUCUUAUCCACCGCCUCCCUCGCCAUGUCGUGGUGGAGGUUACACCCCGUCGUCAACGCCCACGCCCUUGAUCACGCCGAAACAGGCGAACGGAGGAGUGAACGGUGGGGGGUCGUCGUCUCAUAAUAAUCAUCAUUCUUCUUCAUCUGCGUCGAAUUCUCCGCCAAAUAAUGGACUUAAUACUUCGAGAGCGUUCUCAUAUCUGGAUCAGGAGAAUCCGACGAGUAUGCAGAACGGGGGGCCACCAAACGGUGGACCAUCAGGUUCCUCGACCCUUCUCAGUUUAGGGGGAAAUAAGAACGAGAUGAUAAACGGUGGUGGCGACGAGGGGAUGUACCGCGCAGGAAAUGGGGGGUCAAGAUACGGAGACGGCGGCCCCCUCAACAUAAAGUCCGAACCGGGCUCUUCCGAGUAUCAAUCGUACCACCAAUCCUACUACCAAAACUACCCCACGCCCACCACCACGACGACUUCCGGUGGUGGUGGAGGAGGCUACAACCAGCAAAAUUAUUACCAUCAAGACAACAAUUCUUCCUCCUCGUCCUCCUCAGCCUCGUACAAUCCGUACAAUCAACAGCAACACCACACCCACUCGCACCACCACCAACAGCAGCAGCAGCAGCAACAAAUGUACCCCGCUUAUCCCCCCGACCACCCACACCACCACCCGCACUCCCACACCCAUCCCCACCAGCAGCAGCAAGAUUACGGUGGCUCAAAUUAUGGUGGUGGUGGUGGUCCUCCUCCGAACAAUUCCUCCUCGUCGUCCUCCUCCCCACCGAAUAACAACGAACGAAAACCCACCCCUCCGAAACAACCCGUCAUCCCCGGGUCACAAGAUCCCGGUAAAAUGUACGACUACAAUUACGACCCUUCCUCCUCUUCGAACCAUGCGACAAGUCCGCCAGCCUCGUCGUAUCGAUCAUACGCUGCUAAUUCUUCUUCCCCGCCAAAUUCUUCCCUCGUCAAGAUGGAGGCUAGGACGUCGCCGAAUAACAAUUCGACAUCGCCACCAAGCACGACAACUACCACGCCACUGAUUCCUCCUCCCGUGGCGACGACGACGACGACGAAAGGGAAAAACGGGAAGGACAAGAAGAAGAACAACAAUUCGGUGCUUCCCCCACCAAAUUCUCUUCAGGACAAGAAAGAAUUUGGUGGGGAGAAUAAUAAGGGGACGGGUAAAUCUGACCAGGUGCCGUUGCCGCCACCACUCCCGGCAGCCGCCGCAGCGGGGGCGAAGAAGAAGCGGAAAAAGCGCACGAAACCCACCGCUGCGGAGGGGAAGAAGGGAGACAGCAGUAAUUCUGAGUUUGGGAGAGGUAUUAAGGAAGAGGGGAAGGAAGGUGGGGGGAUUUCCGGGGUUGGGAAUAAAGGGAAGAAAGGUGGCGGUGGUGGUAAACAAAGCCAGAUUCAGCACUUGCAGCAACAAAGGUCUGUGGAUGAGGAGGAUCUUCUCCUUGAUUUGGAGGAUGGUGGUGGUGGUCCUGAUUAUAAUGAUGAUGACGACUCGAAGGGGAGGAGUGGUGGUGGGGGUGCUGGUGGGGGCAGUGACAAGGACGUGCCGAUGGUGGAAUGCGGCUGUUUUCCGGCCGACGAGGUGCACGCCGAGCCUGGACCAUUUUACACGCACUUGGGCGCGGCACAGAAUUUGAUCGAAUUGAGAAAAGUGGUCGAGAGUAGGACGGGUUUUAGGGGAAAUCAAGUUCGGUUGGAGAAGGUUAUUUACACGGGAAAAGAAGGCAAGACCGGGGUGGGAUGUCCGUUAGCUAAAUGGAUCCUGCGGCGCGGCUCGUUCGAGGAGCAGCUCCUCUUCCUCGUGAAACAACGGAAAGGUCACAAAUGCUCGACGGCGUGGAUCGUCGUCUGCUGCGUUAUUUGGGAAGGAGUCCCUCCGCAUUUUUCGGACAAUCUGUACGACACUUUGGUUUACAAGUUGAACCGGUUCGGGAUUCCGACGACGAGACGGAGCGAUACGAACGAGCAGAGGUCGUGUGCGUGUCAGGGGGUGGAUCCAGACACGUGUGGCGCCGCGUACUCCUUCGGCUGUGCGUGGUCAAUGUUCUUCAACGGGUGCAAGUAUGCGAGGAGUCGGAACGUUCGAAAGUUCCGCUUGACGGAGGAGCAUGAGGAGAGCGAACUAGAGGAGAAAGUGCAACACUUGGCGACCCAUUUGGCCCCGUUGUACGAACGUGUCGCCCAAGAUUCGUACACGAACCAGAUCGAUCAUGAAAACGAGGGGCUCGAAUGUCGCCUCGGGUACCGGCCGGGUCGCCCGUUUUCCGGGGUCACGGCAUGUCUCGACUACUGCUCCCACGCCCACAAGGACGCUCACAACAUGAUGAACGGGUGCACAGUGACCGUGUCACUGGCGAGACACCGCACCCUGUCGAAACCCGACGACGAGCAGUUCCACGUCCUCCCGCUGUACAAAUUGGACGACACGGACGAGUACGGGUCGAAAGAGGGGCAAAAGGCUAAAAUCAAGAAGGGACAGUUGGAAAUUUUGAAAAAGUAUCCUUGCAAAGUUCGAAUCCGGAAAGUUCCCCUGCUCCCAUCGAGACGCCGAGCGAAGGCAAAAUCGCCCGGAGGGGGUGGCGGUAGUGGAGGCGGCGGCGGUGGAUCGAAGGGAGGCAGUGAAAGCAACAGUUCAACGCCCACAGUCACACCCACCACGCCGACAUCAAAGAUACCACAGCAAUCGGGAGGCAUUUUGGGGGGUGGGAUUGGAAACGCCCUGCUGGGAGGGAUUGGUGGCGGUGGUGGCGAUUAUGGCUCGGAAAUGCCCCCCGCGAAAAGGGAAAAAUUGUUUGAUGAGAGGUUAUCGAACGGCGGGGAUGCGUACGGAGACAGGUUUCAUCAUCAAGGUGGAGGUUACGGAUUAGGGCAGCAGUUACCUGGAUUGGGACAUUCGUUCAAUGAUCUCACUGGAGGUGGUGGAGCCCCAUCGGGGACAGGAUCGCUCUGGAACACCCCCCAUUUCGGGAUGGGCGGCUCCUCCUCAUCGCCCUCAAACUCCUCUCCCCAUCACCGCGGUCUCUCCUCCUCCUACUUCGACCACGCCUCUUCUUCCACCUCGUCAUCCUCCCUUUCCGGUGGGGGUGGUGGUCCGCUCGGCCCUGGUGGGACAUCCUCCUCCCUCUCGUCUCUCACCGAACUCACAAAUUCCACCAUUUCCCGGCAUGGAUCUACCUCUUCGACCGGCGGUGGCGGAUCCUCCUCGUCAUCCACUCUCCUCAGUUCACCCGGUUCUUCCGGUGGGAACCCGGGUUCCGCGUCAUCUUCGGGAUACUCAUCAAUGUCCCCGAUCCUCCCCUCCUUUCGAAAUACGUUCAUGACAGAAGCGGAAUCACUCGGAUUGGGAGAAAACAACUCUGCCUCGUCCUCCUCCUCCAGCCCACGGUCACACCAGCAGCAAAAACAGCAGGGCCAGCAGCAGUCCCACCACCACCAGCAACAACAACUCCAAUCCACCCCCGCAUUUCAAGACCACACCUCCUCUCACCCGUACGGCGCCUCCGCCUCCUCCUCUUCUUCAUCCCCCUACAACCCCGGCGGUUCUUCCUCCUUACAUUACGCCUCCUCCACACCGCUCUACCACCCACAACCCCACAACCCGUGCCUUCCCCCUACCUCCCACCUCCACCACAAUUCCCACCACCACAACCCGUACCAACCUCAAGCCUACCACCCACACGACGCUCCCUCCCCCUACACGGCCUCGUUCCCCCCCUCGCUCGGCGGCUGGUCUGCCGCUGCUGCGGCGUACUCCUCAAACUACGCGGCUGCCGCGGCGUACUCUUCCUACCCUGGCCUACAAGCGCCCAAUUACAUGUCGCACCAUCACCAAUACUCGCCGUAUCAUCAUCAACACCACAUCCCACCGCCGCCCCCGUCACGCAUGAUUCCUGGCCAGUCGUCGGUCGGCUCGUCCUCCGCGUGGGGUCAGUCGCCGCAUCAGUUCAACUUCUCCGCUGGCGGACAACCCGCCCCACUCGGGAUGAAUAUGAACAUGAACAUGAAUCUCGUCCCGCCACAAGGCGGACCAGUCCCGGGACCACCGCCGUCCUGUUUUGUGACGCCGCCAAAGCCGAAAGUCAUCCCGGAAGUGAACGAGUCCUCCUCGGAUAAUGAGGACUGCUUCAAAGACCCCGCCAUGGGUGGCGUGGCGAUCGCUUUGACGCAUGGGUCCGUCAUUUUGCAAUGUGCGAAGCAUGAAAUGCAUGCCACGACGGCGUUGAAGAACCCGAAUCGGAUGUACCCGUCGAGGAUUUGUCUCAUAUUUUAUCAGCAUAAAAGUAUGAAUAACCGGUUUCACGGGUGGUCCGAGUGGGAGAAGAAGAUCGAGGCGAAAAAGUUGCAGGAAGUGAAGCUGAUCAAUCAAGGAAAGAUGGAGGCGAGUCCGAGGAAGAUGAAGCAGUUGAUUAAAGAGGGGUACAUUCAGGACCAGCAGUGAUUUUGAGAGGGGGGAAUAUUGACCAAGAAAUUUCGACCACUUUUUUUCAUGAUUUAGAGUUUUCCUGAAAUUAACUCUUUGAGAUUUCCGAGAUCAAAAUACCAUAGUGAAAUUCUCUUUUUAAAGACGAAACGUAAAUCAAGUAUGCAAUUAGGGUUAGAGGGGAGAUAAGUUUAAUGCGGGGGGAUAGUUAUAUUGCUUUACUCUUUAGUAACUUGCGCCAUAGUUAUGUACAUAAUAUUGGCGCAAGUUGGUAAAGAGUGAAGUGUAGACUUAUCAGGAAAUUGAAGUCAUUCUUGUAGUUAUCUUAAUUUAUGAGUCAGUUAUCUUAUCAUGAAUUUGAGAUCUCAUAAAAUAUUUACAUACAUACGUAGUUAAUUUCCUUAUUUAGUUUUACGGUACGGAAAAUUUAAAAUUUUAAUUAGUUCAUUAAUCAUUAAUAAUUAUGGACAAAGAUAAAUGUACAAAAAAGUACAAGAAAUCGAAAUCAAUGGAUGCAAAAGAAUCAAUCAAUCUCAAAAAAUCAAUCAAGUAUAUUUACUUUGUAAAAUAUAAGUAGGAAAAGUUUCAAAUUGUAAAAAAUCUCAGAGAUUAUGAAAUUUUUAAAUAAAUAAAAUCUUUUUUUAAUUAAGAAUUCAUCGCAGCAAUUAAAGCGAUAAUUAUUAUUCGUACUAAUUAAUUAAUGAAGUUAAAAGAUAGUCAUCAUUCCAUUAUUUAUUUGUUUAUUAAGUAUGUAAAUUAGGUACGAAUUUACAUAAAUACAUAACAUCACUGCUAAUUAAAUGGUACUAUGUAUAAUAUUAUGAUAACCUGUAUACAUAAGAUAAGUUGUUAUCCUUAUUAAUUUUAAUAGAAUAGUUAAUAAGGAUAUAUAAUUUUCUCGCUAAAGAUAUUUCCAUAUGAAGUAAAUUGGCAACAAUGUUUGGAAAAUAAUUAUCCUAAGUAUGAAAAAAUGAAGUGAAAAUGAAAUACUGUUCGACCUAAAAAACCUAUCAAAAUUCAGAUUCAGUUUAUUUCGAAAAUGAAAAUAAUUCUUAGAAAGAAAUUGAAAUUAAAAAAAUGUAACGUUAAAGAUCUAGGAAAUACAAGCUGCAAUUAAAUAUUUAAUUGUUUACGUAAUCUGUGUCAAUCAAAAUACAUAAUGGUGAAAUUAAUGAGAAGAUGGAAUGAAGCAACUGAAGCCAAAGAAUCAGCAAGAAGAUUAAAUAUGAUAAGAAAUCUAAACUUCCAAAUAUUUUAAGGAGGUUGAAUCCCAUUUUAAAAAGUCAUGCAGUUUGAUUAAUUAUUAUUAUCGUUAAAAUGUUAAAUAGUUGUACAAGUAAGCAUGUAAAAAAGAAAAGAGAUGAAUCAAUCAAGAUGAAAUACAUCACAACUUGUUGAAAAAAAAA